CUGACUCAACUGCUUCCACAUGUCGUUGAUUGUUACCGCUCGGCAGUCCAAACGGCAAGGGAGACGAUGACGAUAUAUAUCACAUAUUAUCGUUCGCCGAGAUUUUUUAAUUUCUCUCCCCCUCGGCCCCCACACAUGUUGAUGAUGUAAUUGCAGCAUUAAUCUCCAAACAUGCGUUAGAUUGUUUGGAAACUAAUAAAUAUUUCCACAUGAAAUACCUCGGAAAUAUCGAUCAUUACCUCGGAAUCAAAUUUGAUCGAGACGGUGAUGGAAUAUUCCAUCUAAAUCAAAAACAUUUUAUAAUUGACAAACUAGUAGAAUUUGGACUUCAAGGUGCAAAAACCAGCAAGAUUCCCCUUGAUCCUGAAUAUUUCAAAAUUAAAGAGCGGGUACCAAGAAUGGAAAGUAAUAAACUGUACUUGAAGGGUAUAGGUAGUUUACUGUACCUUGCAACCAACACAUGCCCAGAUAUAUUGGCAGCAGUUUCCAUCCUCGCUCAACGUACUAAGGAACCAAGAGCAGCUGACUGGAAUGAGGUGAAGAGGGUGUUCCGAUAUAUGAAGGGAACAGCUGAUUGGAAGCUGAAAUUGGGUGAAAAGAGCAACGCUAGAACCACACUAGAAUGUUUCGUCGACUCAGACUGGGCAGGUUAUAACACAGAUCUAAAGUCGCGUACAGGGUAUGUCUUAAAUAUCAAGACAGUUCUGUUUCGUGGUACAGUAAAAAGCAAAGCAAUGUGACACUGUCCUCAACUGAAGCUGAGUACGUUGCACUUUGUGAAGCUACCCAGGAGGCUGCUUGGCUGAAGCGAGUGUUUCUGGACCUUGGGGAAACCGUCGAUAAGAAAGUAACUAUGUACGAGGAUAACCAAAGUUGUAUGAAAGUGGCGGAGAAUGAUCGUGUGAGUCAACGUACGAAACAUAUUGAUGUCAAAUAUCAUUUUGUAAGAAAUGAAGUGAAGAAUGGGAAUGUAUGUAUUAUGUACUGCCCUACCAAGGAAAUGGUAGCAGACAUUUUAACAAAACCAGUGUGUACUGGAAAAGACGUUAAGUGUGCUAGACAACUUGGACUCGAAGACUGUAAGCAAAAUGGGACAAAUCAUUGAGGAGGAGUGUUAAAUUUCUUUCCUGUCAUUACCUAUGUGUGUAGCAAUGAUUUGUGUUAUAUAAACUUUUGUAUUUGUAUUAUCUAGCAACGCUUCGUAUCAUAUAAUCAUUGUAUUAUUUUUUAUAAUAAAUAAACGGCCAAGACGUGGUGUCUUUUAUCAAGCCCACCACUUUUUGGUUCGGUAUGACUUGAAACGGAUCAAAGUAGUCGUGUAUGAUUUUUUAAACUUGCUUGUAAUGUAUCCUACUCACUAUCUGUGAACACAUAACUUGCAACAGUGAUAUAUUCAACAGAUUAAAAUUAUUGAAAAAUAAAAAUUAGAUUCACAGUUUUUAAUUUAAAAAAUAUUUUUAACAAUCCAUUCUUAUAUUUUUUUGUAUACUGAUAGAUAUUAAAAAGUUUUAUAAACUACAUAUUUCACUUUACAGGUCUUCGUAAAUGAGUUAUAUUACUAAAUUUACGAAAACUUGGGACUUGUUAUAUCAAGAAAAAAGGAGUCACACACACUAGAGACUAA